AAUCCAACCCUCAACCGCGUCGGACGUGCGUUGUGUCGUCCGUCUGCUGCUGUUGAUUCGCGGCGACAAAAUUGAAACACACUGCAGGUGUCCGUGUGCGUGUGUCCGUGCGUGUUUAUACGUGAAAAGAAAAGUGUGUGGAUUAUUUUUAAUUUAUUUUGCGAGUGUCAUCGAAUUCGAAAUAGAUCGGAAUUACACUUUGUUGUAUAGCAGUUUAAAAUUAGGGCUACGAGUGAGAACGAGCUGCCUGCGAACCGUCCGCCGCUAGAGUAAGUGAGAGUUUUGAGUUCAAAAAAACAAAAAUUGGUAAAUUAUUACGGUAAACCAACCGAAACCUAGCCUCCGAGCGUGUGUGUGUGUGUGUAUGUGUUACUAUGGUGAUGUACGGCAAAUGUGUACUAACCUAUAGCAAUCGCUGGCCAACGACCGCUCAGGGGACGACAAAGCAGCAGAAAGGAUUGCAGUGAAGGUCCGUGAGUGAGUGAGUGUAGUGUAGUGUGGUGCCGAGUGUGUCUGAUUACUAUCUCGUCUGUGCGUGCGCUCUUGUGUGUUUCUGUGUUCGUUUCUGGCUGUGAAAGCCACUUUAAAAAAUCUCGUGCAAAUACCUUCAAGAAGAAAGGCGAGAAAGAAGUAGUGCAAAUAUAAAUAAGGCAAAAAAUAGCAAAUAAAAUAAUCCAAUCCAAACGACCGUCUGUGCCGUGGAUCACUGCGAAAAAUCGACCAUAAAACCAGUUUUACGCUGCACCGGGGGAAAAGCGACGAACUACUCCUUAGAACGAAACUCUAAGUGAAUGAAAUUGUGAACCAUACUGCCAACAGUGUAAUAAAAAGAACACCUAAAAUAGCAAUAAUUUAAAAGCUACUUCCACACAUCGACCGAUAUGAAAGCUCUCUUAAAGCAUCUGAAAAUAUUCCCACCAAAGAUGACGCUGGGCAUGCGUCCGGGAGUGCGCUUCCGGCUCUUCAUACUGCUGCUGCUGUACGCCAGCACGAUCGGCACGGUCGGUGCCUUCAAGCAGCCACUGUCGAAGCUCCGCUACCUCGAACACUUCCAGUACGAAUGCUUUCCACCGGAGGCAAAAGCUAAUCUAGUGCCACGCUUUGCCUCCUCGAAUCAGAACGACUCGAUCUCGCUUCAGGUGUCGCGCCGCUACACGCAUCAGAUCGUGUCGCGCGUGUACGCAAUCUUGCUACGCGAGGUGCUCGGCUACGGCAACGUGAAGAUGGUGGAGUAUUCGGACGAGCUGCCGAUCUUGGAGAAGGAGCGCAUCAGGAUGUUUCAUACGCUCGAGCAUCUGACGAGCUAUGGCGGUGAAUGGCCCGAUCCAACGAUCGAUCUGGAGGUUUGGCUACUGUCCGACUACCAUUACAUCCCGGGCGAGAUCCGUGAAGCGGGAGCCAUCGCAAAUCCGGGCCGAUUUGGGCUGUUCCUGCCGAAAGCGCUGAUACGCAAGGAGGACAACUUCCCCAAGCCGCUGAUCUACACCCUGUUCCAGGAGGACUCCAACAACCAUCGGUACUACGAUUUUAUCAAGAAGUUUGACAUCUCCCAGCCGGUGCUGGAAUCGAUCUACCGAUAUGCGGAGCGCAAGUGUGACAACGACUGCGACGACUACGGUAUGUUUGUGCCGACCCAGUGCACCCAGGGCGUUAAGUGUGCGCUGGUACUGGCCCCACACUACGAGGACACGCGCUUCCUGGUGCAGCACAUCACCGAGAUGAACUUCCAGCUGAAGGUGAUCUGGUUGGGCGAUCGGCUAAAGCUCGGCAUCCGGCAGCUGAUGAAUACGUACGGGGGCGAUCGUAAAAAUGGUAAGAAGUUUCUCGUGUUUCACUGGACGCCGUCGGAGGUGAUCAACACGCGCACGAUGGAGUACGUACCGAUCACGAUGCCCCGGUGUGAGGAUAUGAUCGCGAGCAACGAUACGGGCUGCAAGUACGAGAUGACGCCGCUGCUCAAGUACUAUGGGAAAAAGUUCCGCGAGGCGGACUACGCCUUCAACUCGCUCAUCUUAACGCACUUCGAGGAGCAGAGCAUGCAGCAAAUCUUCGACCUGUACGAUGCGCACGAGCCGGAAAUUAUGCGAGUGCGCGAGGAAGGCGAUCCGGACCAGACCCGGGUGGCCGAGAUUUACAAUCAGAUUGCGUGCGAGUGGAUGCGAGCGCAGGAAAGCACUUGGAUGCGGUGGAAACCGGAGGACCCAAAGGAGGAGGUGUACAUUGGGGGGAUCUUUCCGCUGACCGGGAUGGGACCGUCGUAUCUGGGGAUUGCACCGGCCGCCCUGCUAGCGCAGGAUCACAUCAACGGGAAUGGUACGAUCCUGCCAAACUACGAGCUGACGGUGCAGCAGAACGAUGGCCAGUGCCGGGCGGACACGGUGAUGAAGUCGUUCAUCAGCUACUACAUCCAGCAGACGCGCAUGAUCGGCAUUCUGGGUCCUGCCUGCAGUGAGACGGUCGAACCAAUUGCUGGUGUUUCGAAGCACUUCCGGAUGGCUGUCAUUUCCUACUCCGCCGAAGGUGCUUUCCUGUCCGAUCGGGAAAAGUAUCCGUUCUUCUUCCGCACGAUCGGCGAAAACCGUCAGUACGAGCACGUGUACGCUCAGCUGCUGCAGCGCAUGAACUGGCGCCGGGUAGCGGCCCUGACCGAGGACGGCCAGAAGGCGACCGAGUACAUCUCCUACAUGGAAACGCUGCUCAAGGAGCGCUCGAUCGAGCUGAUCUCCAACAAAAAGUUCCCGCGCGAUCGUACCGAUACCGAAAUGAACCAGUAUCUGCUAGAUCUAAAGUCCAAAAGUGCUAAAAUCAUCAUCGCCGACGUGGACGAUAAGGUGGCGCGGGUGAUAAUGUGCGAGGCGUACAAGCUCGAGAUGACGGCCGAAAACGGAUACAUCUGGUUCCUGCCCAUCUGGCUGUCGAACGUGUGGAACUUCAGCUCGGAGGUACCGGGCGGUGAAAACGGUGCCACCGCCGUACCGCCAACUUCCACCAACAGAACGACGCGUGGCUGCACCAACAGCGAGCUGCUCCGCGCCAUGAACGGGCACUUCUCCCUUUCGCACGCCCCGUACGCCGACGACGACAGCAUCCUGGACGUGAACCGAAGCGCUACGGUGCGGGACUGGAAGCAGGCGUACAACGUCUCCCUGUCCGAGUACAACUACAUGGCCUCGGAUUACGCCGGCUUUGCGUACGAUGCUGUCUGGGUGUAUGCCCUGGCCUUCGAUCGACUGCUCCGGGAAGAUCCUUCCUAUAUUAGCGAUUUGCACUCGCGCCACACCACCAAACGGCUGAUGGAGCUGAUCCGUGAAACCGACUUCCAGGGCGUUACCGGAAGGAUCAAGUUCAAUGAGGCAGGCUCACGGUACACGAUCGUCAAUGUGCUGCAGUUUGUGAACGGGACGGCAAACAUUGUGGGCCACUUUACGCCCAACAUUUCCGAACCGGACUACAAGCUGCUCGGGGGUGAUUUGGUGCUGAACGAGUCGGCGAUCGUGUGGAUGACGCGGGACGGCCACAUCCCGGACGAUGGUACGCCGGUGUGUGCGCUCGAGAGCUUCGUGCGCAUUUUUGGCACCUCGUGCGACGAGGUAACGAUGAUCGUCAUCUCAAUGGUGUCGAUCAUUAGCAUACUGAUCCUGUCGGUGGCGUCCUUCCUGUUCUGGAAGGUGCGGUACGACCGCAAGAUGCAAACAUCCGCCAAGUAUCUGCAGAAACUCGGGAUCGAUCUGCUGUCGCAAACGUCCGGGCCGGUCAACACGCUGGACAAGUGGGAAAUACCGAAGGAUCGCGUCGUGAUCAAUCGCCGGCUGGGGGAGGGUGCCUUCGGCACGGUGUACGGCGGUGAGGCACAGAUCGGGGACGAAGGUUGGACGGCGGUCGCGGUGAAGACGCUCAAGGUGGGCUCGACCACAGAGGACAAGGUGGACUUUCUGUCCGAGGCGGAGGCGAUGAAGCGCUUCGACCACAACAACAUCGUCCGGCUGCUCGGCGUGUGUCUGCAGUCGGAACCGGUCUACACGGUGAUGGAGUUUAUGCUGUACGGUGAUCUCAAGACGUACCUGCUCGCCCGUCGCCAUCUGGUGAACAGCAAGCAGUCGGAAGACUCGGACAUCUCGAACAAGCGGCUCACGAUGAUGGCGCUGGAUGUGUCGCGGGCGCUCUCCUACCUGGCCGAGCAGAAGUACGUCCACCGGGAUGUGGCCUGCCGGAACUGUAUGGUGAAUGCGCAGCGUGUCGUCAAGCUCGGUGACUUCGGCAUGGCCCGGCCAACGUUCGAGAACGAUUACUACCGGUUCAAUCGGCGCGGCAUGCUGCCGGUGCGCUGGAUGGCACCGGAAUCGCUCGGACUGGGCAUCUUCACGCCCGCCUCGGACGUGUGGUCGUACGGGGUGCUGCUGUACGAGAUCAUCACCUUCGGGUCGUUCCCGUUCCAGGGGCUGACCAACAAUCAGGUGCUGGAGCAUCUGAAGAACGGCAACACGAUCACGAUACCGGCAGGCGUUAAGCCACAGCUCGAGGGUUUGAUGAAGGCGUGCUGGAACCAGGACUACAAGAAGCGACCCUCCGCCUCGGAGGUGUCCGAGUUUAUCUCCAACUACCCGCGGCUGCUUAACCCAUGCCUGGACGUGCCGCUCGCCUCGGUCGAGAUGGUGGACACGGGCAGUGAUCAGUUCGAGCUGCUGCCCGGGCUGCGCAAGUACAAGGAUGAGUCGCAGCAGCCGACAGCCGACCUGCUCGUCGGCACGCAACCGAUGAACGAUCUGAACAAUGGGUACAACAACGUCAGCAUCAUGUCGACGGGAGGAGCUCAGCGGGCGCACAACCGCGCCCGGGCAAUCAAUCUGAACGAUCUGAACGUGGCGACAGACUUUACCACCGUCAAUCCGAUGCCACCGCUCGACGAUUACGUGGAGGAGGAACCGGCGAUGGCAAGAAGGCAACCCUUUGGUGGGUCAAGCUCGACGCAACGGCAAACCACCUCCACCAACCAUCUGAACGUGUACAACCCGAUCGAGCCGCUGCUGCAGCGAGACACGGAGGUGACCAAGAGCAACAACAGUCUGCUGCGCUACGUGCCGAUGUUUGGGUUCGGGAAGAGCAAAACCGUCACGAUCGGUGGGACGACGAUCGUGACGGGUGGUGGUGCGGGUGGCGGCGGCACCGGUGCUGGUAGGACGGUGCCACCCACCACGGCCCUCCACUGUACGACGUCGCUCGGUGCGAUGGCCGGCCCAAGUUCGCCCCAGUCGCCGACCGGAUCGGUGCUCGGCAUGAGCGGCGGCACGAUGAUCGUGAACGCUCGCAGCACUAGUACGACCAUUUUAUAGCACGCCAAGGAUGAAGGGAAGGACGAGCUGUGCAGUGGCAAGGUGACGGAUGAACCAGAACAGACGCACGUGAUGGUGGAUCGUGGCGGCGUCGCUUCAGAACACAACUGAGAAACGGGAGGCAUGCUACGCAAAAACCAAAUGAAUCCUUUUAUAGAAAAAUGAAACAAGCUUUAAAAAUAAAUGUAGGAAAAACUGGGAGGGAAGUUCCUAACUAAGACGCAAAAGAAGGGGGGGGGGGGGGGAGAAGUAAUUAAACAAUAAUAUAGCGCUUCCUUAUAUUACAUAGAUAUAUGUAUGUAUGUAUGUAUGUAUGCGCCGUAAUAAUCUGCCAACGGGAAUCAUUCAACACUGCUCGAGGAAAGGAAGGAUCGAAGAUUUUACCACCAAUAGACAAUUAGUUUUACGAAAACGUUUGUUUAAUGACCGCACCAACAGUGCAGAAAGGGGGAGAAGAUUAGUAUAUUACUUUUAUGUACAGUCAAAAUUCAGCUAUUAUUUAAUUUUGAUUUUUGUUUGUUUUCAAACCCACACCACCAACGAUGCCACGAUUAACAGGCGAAUUCUGACUGUAUAUAUUAAACAUAGAUGUAUAGCAAACCCAAACACAGCCACAGCGAUAUAGAGCCCCAGAAAAGCGAAUCCAAUUGGAACAGAAAUAAUUGCGAUCGAGCAUAAUAAUCUCAACAGUACAAACUAACUCAAUACCGUCCACAGGAGCGCAUAUUGUAUGGAAAAGCACAGCAACAAACAGAAAACACACACACACACACACACACACACACACAGACAAAACAACAGUAGAACAAUAGACGUGAAAUAAGAGAGAAAAGCGAAAUAUUUAACAGACAAGAAGGAAAGGUAAAGCGGUGUGAAAUUUUUUGCACAUCGCAUCAAUUAAAUGAUACCAUGAUACCAUGAUAAUGAUGAAUACAUUACAGGGGUUUUUCAAGAGUUCUUAUAGCUGCGGGACACUUUAUUGACUCUUUCAUAUUGGAAAUGAAAUUAAUGGGAAUUGCACUCUAUAGCACUCUUGUUGGUCAAAUCCAAUAGGAGCCCGUCCUAAUAGGAUGAAUUCAAUUUCCAACGUAAGAUGUUCAUUUCCGAUAACAAAGAGUCGAGAAAGUGUCCCACAACUAUGAGAACCCCUGGAAAACCCUCUCUGUAUACCUUGUUUAAGGCUAUGGAUUAUGAAAAUAGGUGGUAGUAGAAGUUGUAGGGUUUGAGUCCAAGGGUGCAGCAAUUAGCGAAAUAUUAUCAUUAUUACCAAUUUAUUUGAAUUAUUGUGAAAAUUGCACUCUCUGCGCACGUUUUUACCAUUAAGUGUGAGGGAGUUUAUGUAGCGAAAGAGAGUGGAGUGGGUGUAAAAAUAGUGAAUUCGUGGUGUUAUUUGUUUUGUUUAGCAAAAAAAAAAAGAAUAGCAGUGACCACGCUAAAGAUAAUAAUCGCAAUCAUAAUAAUAAUAAUGCUGAUGAUAGCCAAAUUUUUCUACCACUCAACUAUAUAACAUAAUCGGACGAUGAGGAUGAUGAUGAAAGGGUCGAGAUGAUAAUAAUAGGUAGUAGUAUUUAGCCACCACCACUGCUGGGUAGUGAUAGUAAAUAUCGAAUCUAGUUUCUAGUAGCAUUUAGAAACGGAGCAAAGAGCGAGGAGAAAGAGAGACUAGAAAGAAAUAGGUUUUGCUUGCUAUUUUAUCCUAGGACAGGACCUCUGUUGUUAUGGUAUCGAACUGGGAUGUAUUCGAUCCGUUCUAUUAUGGGGUGAGACCUACUAAGAUACCCAAUCUCAUAUAACGGAGCAAGUAUCACCAUCACCAAAUCAAAUCAAGAGAAAGCGAAAAGGAGAAAGCAAAUGAAAACAAAAACAUUGUGAUUAUCAAAAGAAAUAUUCAUCAUUUAAUCUAAAGCAAGAAAAAAAAGAGAAGAAAAACAUGUUACUACUAAACCAUGAGGCGCAAUAUUAGUAAGCAAAAGAGAGGAAAAGGGCGAUUUAGAGAUUAAAAGAUUGGUUUGUUGGAGCAACAAAUAGCGGAUACGUGUACGAACGAGAUGAACCAAAGGUGCGAAAUGCGACAAAACGGAAACGGAAUUUCAACAAAUGAAUUAUUGUACGAUAUCCUCAAGCAACAACACACCAUCAAAGAAUGUAGUGGUUGUUGCAGGAUGCAGUCAGUCCCAAAGUACCUUCCUUCAUGAUUAGCGAGAUAAUUCGGAAGCUCUAACAAUCGGUUAGCACACAUCUGUAUAUAAGGUAUCCCUUUAGCGAAAGGAAAUGGAAUGAUUUAACACUUUUUUGGGUUAAUUUAAGGUUCCCCCUUCGUUGGUGGCUUAUCAACUACAGAGAAUGCAAACAUCUAUCUCAAAAAACAUACACACACACUCACCUAAAAACUGCCAACUACUACAAACUUAACGUUUAUCUACGUUUAUCUACAUAAACACACACUGAUACAACAAUAGUGCUGCCAAAUAGUUUUUUUUUUUUAAAGAGCAAAAACAAAAAUGGAAUGCAUUUAAAGUUGGCUUUUUUUCUAAUAUAAAACACUUUGAACUUUAUAAGCUACCUCAGGGGAUGAAGAAGAAAAGUAGUGACAAAAUUUAGUCCUUUUUUGUAAAACACCAAACAGCAGGCGUGGUGGUGUUAGCACCAUGGAAACGUUCCGAUCUGCUCGGCAGUGUGUGUGUGUGCUCUCUCGCUCUCUCUCUAGCCGGCAAACAUAAGACUGAUUAGUGUGUAAGGAAGACCCCCCCUCCAGUGGAGCAUUAGAGCAAGUCAGUGCGUACCUGGAUGGGGGUUGCGGGGGGCAAAAGUCCGGUAGGAGAAAAGCACCACCGAAGGGCCAGAAGGGACGUUUCUAAGAUUUUUUGAAAACAAAGCCGUUUAGAAGAGAAAAAAACGGAGGAUCAUAGUGCCGGAUAAAGGAGCUUCGUUUUUAGCUAGUGCAAAUUUAACCCAGUUUUACACCUUCCCAAUCAUCGCGUAAUGGAUAUGAUGUACACGAUCGGUGUAUGGUGUACAAUCAUUAAUCAUGCUAUAUAGAACAUUAUAUACAACACACACACACACAAACCACACACCAAGCAGAGAGACAAUGCUUGUAUAUGGUAUAUAUACAGAACUAAUGUGUAUGACAAAAUAAAGCAAACAAAAAAAUGGAUUUCUACUACAA